AUGAAUUCGGAUGACGGGUGUCCUAAGUGGUUUAAACGCGAAUGCGAAGACAAUCUUGACGACCUGAGACAACGGAAGGGUACAGAUGUGGACCGCCCCGAUCAUGUUGCGCGCAGAGAGCAGGUUUACGCUCAGCCUCCGCUGAGAGAGCGCUGGGAAUAUUAUCAGGAUUUACUCCGUCAGCAAAAUAAUGUGCUAGCUGCCGAGAGUGACGAGGACGCCUUCUUGUACGGCGUGAAGCAGUUUCCUGCUCCGAGAAAAGUACCGUGGUUUUCGCAUUGCGAUGCACGUGCUCGCGAUCGCUCCUCAAUGGAAGGCUUCUCCGGGCACUGGGCGAAGCAAAAGAUAUGGGGUUUGGAACGGAGAAGGAUGCAUUUGAGUCUAACUUUGACCGCCCUCGUGCUGGAUGGGACGAGUUAA